AUGAGUAGGAGCUGGAGCUGGUUAACAGCUCAUAUGAGCCAUCAGAGAAAUUUUCAGCUCACGAUAUCAAGUGUCCUCUGCAUCAGACAUACUAUGGGCAAAACACGAAGUAACGCUGAAGCACAAAUACGAUCCAGAACAACAAAAUCAUCGACAUCAAUGUCAACAAUUACACGAAAAGGCAGUGCACGAGGCAAAAUUAAUCUCUCAACUACCGCUGCUGAGACUGAGAAGAAUAAUGGUACUAAUAACACCCAGUCG